AUGAAGCAUGGAAGGCAGUACGACCGGUUAUUCAGAUCGCCAUGGCACCCAAGGCGCUCCAGCAGGAAUCGCUGCUUGACAUUUGGUGGCCUGCAGUGGCCAAGGUACGACUCUGUCGCAAAUGACCCGGUCGUUUGGCCCUCCUACACUGACUUCUGUACUUGCAGUUCUCUGGACAGUGGAGCCCACAAGGACGAACCAAAUCCUUCCAGGCUUUCUUCUGUCUAUGAUUCUGAUCUGCUGUCAGCUUGCGAUGCCGCGGAUGUCUACAUGCAGAGGUGGCGAGAUAGCCCAUUUGGGAAUAUUCGCUGCCCGCAGGAUUGUCAUACUGGCACUUUGCUUGACCAUCAAGGUGGUUGGGAGCCUUUGAACCAUCCCGGUGACGGGCCCGCUGUACAUCAGAUGCUGCGUGGCAGCGGCGCCCAAGUCCCGAAUGAUAGUGGGCGCCUUAGCGGUGGCAUAUCGUGUGCCGCGUCCUCAACUUCUGAACGUGGCAGGCUGUUGUUUACACAGCUUUCAGAUGAGAGUUGCUGUGGAUGGGAGCGGAUUGGCGCUUGGGAGCCACUACCAAAUCAGCGGCGUUUUGGAUUGGGCCAUGGUUACAUUAUGGGAUCCGUAAAGCUUUGCCGACUCUGUGCGGCAGUUGGCCUCAACAUGCCAAAGACAGAGUUGGCCUGGAACGUGCUGUCUUCCAGCAACCCAGCUGGGCAGACCGCCAAGGUUGCGAUGCGGCGGGCAAUCGGAAGGUCAGCAGUGAUUGCUUUCAUCGGCUUGUUCCUUCAGGACAGCUUGCCUGACAGCGCUUGGGGUGACACGGCCGUGUGUGCAGCCUCCUCUUUCCAUGCCUUGGGUCGUGAGCGUGGUGUUUGGGAUCCUGGCGGCUUGUGGGAUGCUGGCCGUCUGCACCAUGGAAUGGUGGAGCCCGGAAUGGAGAAUGAGUGUGCAACUGAGCGCAUGACAGCAAACAGUGAGGGUAAGCUUCACGAAUGCUGA